UGUGUGUCUGUCGCAGGAUAUUAAUGUCACACACUCGCCUCUUUAGCCUUUAGCCGCUCGGCUAACCACCGGUCCUCAACAUGACGCUCAUAUUCUGUUAUUAAACAGAAAUUAAGAAACAAGUAGGGCUGAAUGGGAUAUACGGCAGGUCUUUACCUGGAGCUCGCUGUUAUGAGACACCGCCUCAUUGAAACGAAUAAGACACAUUUGUCUUGUUCCUCCAGCCACAUGAACCAAGAUGCCUCAGAGCAUCCUCAAGAGCACUCAUUACAUUGAGCUGAGCAGCUAUCAGUACUGGCCUGUGCUCGUGCCCAGAGGGAUCCGAUUAUACACCUUUGAACAGAUCCCAGUGUUUCUGAAGGAGAAUCCCUACAUCACAGAUGGAUACAGAGCACACCUGCCAUCCAAACUGUGCCUAAAAAGCAUAUUUAUUCUGUCCAAUGAGACGGUGAACAUCUGGAGUCAUCUGCUUGGGUUCCUGCUGUUCUUCUCACUGGGAGUGAAUAACAUGGCCACAGUCCUGCCGUCUGCAGGGGCGUCACGAGAGGACUACGUCAUUUAUUCAAUAGGACUGUUUUGUUUUCAGGUUUGCAUGCUGUGCUCUGUGGGCUAUCACUUGUUCUGUUGUCAUCGCUCGGAGAAGACGUGUCGCCGCUGGCUUGCUCUGGACUAUGCUGGAAUAUCCGUGGGGAUUUUGGGAUGUUAUGUGCCUGGAGUCUUCUAUGCCUUCUACUGCAACAGUUUUUGGAGGCAGGUGUACCUGCUGACGGUGCUGGCUCUCAUCCUGGCUGUGUUUGCAGCUCAGAUCCAUCCGCUCUACCUCACACAGAAAUGGAAGAAACUGCGCUCUGUUAUGUUCUGCUCAGUGGCCGGAUACGGCAUCAUCCCGGCCUGCCACUGGGUCUGGCUCAACGGAGGAUUUGACUCUGAAAUCGUAAAGGUGUUUUUUCCUCGAGUCAUGAUCAUGUAUUUGAUUGCCGCCUCAGCAUUUCUUUUCUACGUCAGUAAAAUCCCAGAACGGUACUUUCCAGGCCAGCUGAACUAUCUUGGAGCCAGUCACCAGCUCUGGCACGUGCUGGUCGUGGUCAUGUUCUACUGGUGGCACCAGACCGCUGUCUACAUCAUGAAGUUCAGACACAAUCAGCCCUGCACAGACUACAGCAGUCACGAUUAAACACCGUUAUACAAUCACCUGAGCCAUUUAUGUUCAACAAAUUCAUUUGCCUUUGAACGCCGUACAAUAGGGUUACGUUCAAUGAAAAUCACAUUUUGUGCAAUCAGUUAAGUUCCUCUGGCUGAACUAAUGAUCCAUACAUUGUCUGCUGGAUAUCAAGUGUCUUUGUCUGUUACUUCAUGCGUUUUGUGUUUUAUUGAGCCUUUUCCCCAUGCUAUCAUUGGGGCUGUGAAACUAUACAUACUUGAUAAUACGUUGCCUAACUUUUCUGGAGUGUCCUUCAUUUAAAUGCUCUUAACUAUCACUGUUCUGAGAACGAUGAAUUCUAUGGUGUAAUUCUGUCUUUUUUGUUUUAUAUACUUGUUUGGUAAAGCGAGUUGUUUUGAUGUAUUAAAUGCAUUCGAGUUUAUGUAUACAGCACUGGAAAUUGGGCAUUUAAAUGAUUAAGAAAGUAUUACUUAAGUCCUUUUUGUGAGCAAUAGGUCAAAAUCACAAUACUUGCACUGAACUGAUUUUGAACCUAUGUUAUGAACAUAUAUCAAGGUUGCCGCUAGCCUAAAAAACCUUUUGCAUGACUUUCUCCAUUUCAUCCUUUAUAAACGUUUGUUGGCUGUUUAAUUUUGUUUAAUUGAUAUCAUGUAAACUUCCUGUCUGAAUGAAUAUAUAUCUGAAUUGUGGAACUGAAUAAAAAAAUAUUGUUUGUA